AUGUCCGGUUUCCUGAAAUUGAUCCACUAUUCUUUCGAUUUGGCCUUGGCCUCCGCGUUCCUCGCUGGGGUCAAGCGAAAUACCGGCUUAGCACCUAAGACCGAUCUUUUCGGCGACGGUGAAGUCCAGAAGUACACCCAGAAAUACCUCGGAUUUGGCGAGUGGGUGUACGACGCCAGUGUGGGCAUCUUUAGCUCCUCCGAGUACUUUGUCCGCAAAUAA